UCGAAAAAAAAAACAUUAAUCUAUUUUAUUGCUGUUUUUUUUUGCAUUUGCGGUUGCACAGAGUGCACUAAAAAGUAGAUAACAAAUAACACUUAGGUCAUAGGUAGAGCAAAGGUUUUCUACACACAAUUUGACUUUCAAGUAACUUUGAAGCGACCUAAAACAUAAAUUACGUUUACAAAAAAGGUUUAAAUUGGAGAUAAACUCCUUGUUGUUUAGUUUUUAACACAAUUGUUUAAAAAGCUGUGCAAAAAAUGGCUGUAAAUCCAACGGUAAGAUUAAAUUUAAGCUUAAAAUAGAAUUUCCUCUAUUUUUAACCAUAUCAAUCACACCCAAUUUAUUUCGAUUACUACGUGCAUAGUAAAUUGAUUAUUUCAAAAAUAGAUUCCAAGAUGAUUUAUCUCAAUUGAUCUUAAAUCAAUGAUGAUUAAAAAUUUGAUUAAAAACUUCAAAAAUUAUUUUAAAAAAUCACUCAAAAAAAAAUUGUCAAAAAAUUUGUAGUGAAUUUUUUAUCAUCUCUUUAUCAUUAUGGCUACAGAAAGGGAAUGUUUAUGUGCGAAAAAUACACCCAAACCUCUUCCAACAGUUGAACCAGCAGAUCAAAAAGUAAAAGAAGCUUUGAAAAAUUUAAUGUUAGACGAUGAUGUUUUAAAGAGGAUUAUGGCCAGAUUCCGGCAAGACGUUGAGGCGGGAUUAAAAAAAGCGACUCAACCUACAUCGGCGGUAAAAUGUUAUGUCACUUAUGUACAAGAUCUUCCAACAGGAAGUGAGAAAGGAAGAUAUUUAGCUUUAGAUUUAGGUGGAACUAAUUUCCGAGUAUUAUUAAUAGAAUUAUGCGAAACCCAUUUCGAAAUGAAAUCAAGAAUCUUCGCCAUUCCAAAAGCUGAAAUGGUCGGACCUGGUGAUAAAAUGUUUGAUCACAUCGCCGAAUGUCUCGCAACAUUCCUUAAACAAGAACACUUAGAUACAGAACCGAUAAGUUUAGGAUUUACAUUCAGCUUUCCAUGUCAACAAGUCGGUUUAACAAAAGGCAUCUUAAUAAGAUGGACAAAAGGAUUUCAAUGUUCCGGAGUCGAAGGAAACGAUGUCGUACAACUUUUAAGGGAGGCAAUUGCAAGACGAGGUGACAUCAAAUUAAACGUAACCGCAAUUUUAAAUGAUACAACAGGAACGUUGAUGUCGUGUGCUUGGAGGAAUAGAAAUUGCAAAAUCGGGUUGAUUAUUGGAACGGGAACGAAUGCUUGUUACGUGGAAAAGCAACAAAACGCGGAGUUUUUUGACGAACCCGAUAAAGGUUCAGGGAAUGUUAUUAUUAACACGGAAUGGGGCGCUUUUGGAGAUGACGGAGGGAUUGAUUUUUGUGUAACGGAUUAUGACAGAGAAAUUGAUAAAAAUUCUAUUAACCCCGGCAAACAAUUGUUUGAAAAAAUGAUUUCCGGGAUGUACAUGGGGGAAUUGGCUCGAUUAAUAAUUUUAAAAUUCACGAAGGAUGGUCUACUUUUCGGUGGAAAAUCGUCACCCCUAUUAGAAGAGCGUGAAAAAUUUGAAACUAAAUUCGUAUCGGAUAUCGAAGGAGACUUACAGGGUGUUUAUACGAAACAAAAACCGAUUCUUCAAAAACUUGGUUUGGGGCACGCUACCGAUGCUGAUAUGAUGAACAUCCGCUUCAUUUGUGAAGUUGUUUCACGAAGAGCCGCCGGAUUAGUUUCCGCUACAUUAGCAGCUUUAUUAAAUAAAAUGGGUGAACCCCAUGUAACGAUCGGUGUUGAUGGAAGUGUUUAUAGGUUUCAUCCGUAUUUCCAUGGACUUAUGAUGCAUAAAAUUAGUGAGUUAGUCGAUCCUGGAAGAAAGUUUGAUUUGAUGUUAUCGGAAGAUGGAAGUGGAAGAGGCGCCGCAUUAGUGGCAGCCGUUGCGGCUGCAAAAGACGAAGCCGUUGUUACCAACUAAACAAAUCGACGCAAUUUCUGAUAUGUAUUAAGAAUUAAUUUAUAAAAAGAAAUGAAGAGUUUUAUUACUUAA